AUGACAAACCAGGGAGUGAUUUCCUUCUCCAGAGUUCGAGAGCGGGAGGAGGUGCGAGGUGUGCCAUUCCAGGCCGCCCACUCAGCAGGACCUGGAAACUCAAGCCCCAGUGUGCUGGUUCAAGACACCAGAAUGGGACAAACCGUCGCUACGCCCCUGAGCCUCACUCUCGACCGCUGGUCGGACGUAAAAGGCCGUGGCAACAAUGAAGGAGUCAUCAUCAAAAAGAAUAAAUGGACUACUCUCUGCGAGGCCGAAUGGGUUAUGAUGGGUCCCUCCACAACCCCUUUGGAUUCUCCCCCGCCCUCCGCACCUCUUGCGAUUUCUUCCUCCUCUUUAUACCCUAUACUUCCCCGCAAAGAGGCUCUCAAGCCUUCUGUCCUCCCCUCCGACCUAGACUCUCCCCUCAUUGACCUCCUAACAGCUGAGCCGCCGCCUUAUCGCGCGGCACCGGCCGCGCCAGCCGCGGGACCGGAAACAGGGAUGACGGCCAUCGGAGGGGCAGCAGCCCCUGAGAAGAUGGCAACUGGCGGGGACACAGGGGGGACCCCGGCUCCCUCACCCAUCGCCGGUCGCCUUCGGGCCCGCCGGGAUGACAUCCCCCUGGAAUCCAAGGCCUUUCCCCUCAGAGAAGGGCCCGGCCGCCAUCUCCAGUACUGGCCAUUCUCGGCCUCUGUUCUCUAUAACUGGAAACAAUUUAACCCCCCGUUUUCCAAAGAUCCCGUGGCAUUAACCAACUUGAUUGAGUCUAUCCUAGUGACCCAUCGGCCAACCUGGGAUGACUGCCAACAGCUUUUGCAGACCCUCCUGACUGUGGAGGAGAAGCAGCGGGUGUUCCUGGAAGCACGGAAGCUGGUCCCCGGCGAAGAUGGGAGACCUACCCAGCUCCCCAAUCUCAUUGACAUAGCCUUUCCCCUCACGCGCCCGAAUUGGGAUUAUACCACCGAUGAAGGUAGGGGACACCUACGUCUCUAUCGCCAGUUGCUUUUAGCGGGUCUCCAUGCCGCUGCUAGGCGGCCCACUAAUUUGGCCCAGGUAAGAAGCACUAUCCAGGGAAGGGAGGAGACGCCUGCCGCACUCUUAGAAAGGCUAAAAGAGGCUUAUAGAAUGUACACCCCCUAUGAUCCAGAGGACCCAGGGCAGGUGCCAGGAGUUAUCCUGUCAUUUAUCUACCAGUCGAGCCCAGAUAUCAGGACUAAGUUACAGAGGAUCGGGGGGCAACCCAUAACCUUCCUAGUUGAUACGGGGGCCCAACAUUCGGUCCUGACCCAUACUGAGGGCCCCCUCAGUGACCGUUCCGCCUUGGUCCAGGGGGCCACCGGUAGUAGGAGAUACCGGUGGACGACUGAAAGAAAAGUCCAGUUGGCGUCGGGGCAAGUAACCCAUUCUUUCCUACAUAUACCCGACUGCCCUCACCCGUUGCUGGGCCGGGACUUACUGACCAAAUUAAAAGCACAGAUUUACUUUGAUGAAAGAGGACCCACGGUCACGGGGCCUGGGGGAACCCCUUUACAAGUCCUCGCCCUAAAUCUGGAAGAAGAAUACUGCCUUUUCGAGCCUGAGCCCCCUGAAGAACCACCGGGUGAGAUGCAGGACUGGCUAGACAGGUUUCCACAGGUAUGGGCAGAAACAGGAGGCUUGGGGCUUGCGCACGACCAGCCGCCCCUCGUCAUUUCAUUGAAGGCCUCCGCAGCCCCAAUCUCAAUCAGACAGUACCCCAUGUCUCGGGAAGCGCAGGAGGGGAUUAAACCCCACAUCCGGCGGCUAAUAGACCAGGGAGUGCUCAAACCCUGCAGAUCUCCCUGGAAUACUCCCCUCUUACCCGUCAAGAAACCAGGCACGGGGGAAUUCAGACCGGUCCAGGACUUAAGGGAGGUCAAUAAGCGGGUAGAAGACAUACACCCCACAGUACCUAACCCCUACAACCUCCUCAGCACCCUCCCACCGACCCAUACUUGGUAUACAGUGCUGGAUCUAAAAGAUGCUUUCUUUUGCUUGAGACUGCAUCCUCAGAGCCAGCUACUGUUUGCUUUUGAAUGGAGGGACCCAGAAAUCGGGCUUUCAGGACAGCUGACCUGGACCCGGCUCCCUCAAGGGUUCAAGAAUAGCCCAACACUCUUUGAUGAGGCCCUCCAUGCAGAUCUAGCCGGAUUCCGGGUAGAGCACCCAACCUUGACUCUGCUCCAGUACGUAGAUGACCUCCUCUUGGCCGCCAGGAGCCGGACCGAAUGCUUGGAAGGAACUCAGGCUCUGCUGACCAGGCUUGGGGAGAAGGGCUACAGGGCCUCAGUCAAAAAGGCCCAGAUAUGCCAAAACAAAGUUAUCUAUUUGGGCUACACCCUGGAGGGAGGGCGAAGAUGGCUGACUGAGGCCAGAAAAGAGGCAAUUGUCUCAAUCCCCCCUUCCAAGGGCCCUCGGCAAGUCCGAGAAUUUUUGGGCACGGCCGGCUACUGCCGCCUCUGGAUUCCUGGGUUUGCUGAACUGGCUGCCCCCCUGUAUCCUCUCACUAAGCCGGGAAUUAUGUUCCGAUGGGAGGAAGAACAUCAACAGGCCUUCCAACAAAUUAAGAGAGCAUUGCUCGAGUCACCAGCCCUGGGCCUACCAGAUCUAACUAAGCCCUUCGAACUAUUCGUGGAUGAGAACUCAGGUUUUGCCAAAGGGGUAUUAGUGCAAAAACUUGGGCCCUGGAGGAGGCCGGUGGCCUAUCUAUCCAAGAAAUUGGACCCGGUAGCCACUGGAUGGCCCCCUUGCUUACGCAUGGUGGCCGCUAUUGCAGUCCUGCUCAAGGAUGCGGGUAAACUGACUCUGGGUCAGCCAAUGACUGUGCUAUCCUCCCAUGCGGUGGAAGCCCUAGUCUGGCAGCCCCCAGACAGAUGGCUCUCCAACUCCAGAAUGACUCAUUAUCAGGCCUUGCUGCUAGAUACCGACCGAGUGACUUUCGGCCCCACAGUCUCCCUCAAUCCGGCCACCCUACUACCCCUGCCUGCCUCCUCGGGGGAGCAUGAUUGCCUCCAGAUCCUGGCGGAAGCGCACGGUACCCGUCCAGACCUGACCGAUCAACCAUUAAAGGACUCAGACUAUGUCUGGUUCAUGGACGGGAGCAGCUUCCUCGAGGAAGGGACGAGAAGAGCAGGAGCAGCUGUCACCACUGAGUCAGAGGUGGUCUGGGCCUCGCCGUUGCCGGCUGGAACAUCGGCCCAGAGAGCGGAGCUGAUCGCACUCGCCCAGGCCCUCCGGAUGGCAGAAGGUAAGAGACUCACAGUCUAUACUGACAGCAGAUAUGCCUUCGCCACUGCUCAUAUGCAUGGAGAAAUCUACAGACGAAGGGGCCUCCUGACUUCAGAAGGUAAAGGAAUCAAGAAUAAAAAGGAGAUUCUGGAUCUCCUACAAGCACUAUUCCUCCCACGGCAGCUCAGUAUAAUGCACUGUCCAGGGCAUCAAAAGGGGAACACAGCAGUGGCUCGGGGAAACAGGCUGGCUGACCUAACCGCCCGAGCCCAUCGCCCUGGGACUCAUUGGGAAAUAGAUUUCACAGAGGUAAAGCCCAGACUCUAUGGCUACCGUUACCUCCUGGUUUUUGUGGACACCUUUUCUGGAUGGAUGGAAGCAUUCCCCACCAAGAAGGAAACAGCCAACGUCAUGGCCAAAAAGCUGUUGGAGGACAUUUUUCCCAGAUAUGGGAUGCCCCAGAUAAUGGGGUCCGAUAAUGGGCCUGCCUUCGUCUCCCAGGUAAGUCAGAGGGUGGCCAGAUUGCUGGGGAUUGAUUGGAAGCUUCAUUGUGCAUACCGGCCCCAGAGCUCAGGACAGGUAGAACGAGCUAAUAGAACCAUUAAGGAGACUUUGACCAAAUUAACGCUUGCAACUGGCUCUAGAGACUGGGUGCUCCUACUCCCUUUAGCCCUUUACCGGGCCCGGAAUACCCCCGGACCCUAUGGUUUGACUCCCUUUGAAAUUAUAUAUGGGGCCCCCCCACCUAUUGUGAAUUUCCUUCAUCCUGACAUUUCGUCCUUCGCUACCAGCCCUACCUUAGAGGCACACCUCCAGGCCCUCCAGCUGGUACAGAAGGAAGUUUGGAAACCUCUGGCAGCAGCCUACCGAGAGCAACUGGACCACCCAAUAGUCCCUCAUCCCUUCCAGAUCGGGGACUCCGUCUGGGUUCGGCGACACCAGACCAAGAAUUUGGAACCACGGUGGAAGGGACCAUACACCGUCCUGCUGACCACACCAACCGCUCUCAAGGUCGACGGGAUUGCUGCCUGGGUCCACGCCUCCCACGUGAAGGCUGCUAAGGAGAUUGACCCGACCAGCGCCAAGGAGUCCACAUGGAAGGUACAGCGCACUCAAAAUCCACUGAAGAUA